UCCUCCCAAACUGCUUUCUGGAAUCGUUGUACUAGUUUCUGUUCCAUCCAGCUGUUCGCAUAGGCUGCCUGCCUCCUUGUCUUAGCAGUCGGUGUUAUUCAGGUAGAGUUUUUUGGUUUAUUUUAUAGUGUAAUGGUUAGGAAGAUGGGCUCUUGUGUCAUACCCAAGGUUUUGUCCUUGUCCUGUCAACUAGAAGCUCUCUUUUGGGGCUUUUCUUUUUCCCUCGGGGCUCUUGAGGAUUGCUUGAAGUAAUCUCGGCGGAGACGCGUGGGGGAGGCAGGGCGGAGCUGGAUCUAGCGGUGGCCAAUCACUGCUUAAGCUGAGGGGUGUUACGCCCUUCACGCCUGCGUCUUAAAAGGGCAAAGAAAGAGCGCUGAGAAGUCCACCCGUGGCCGGUUUUAUUUCUCUGGUUGCGAAUCCCAGGCCCUUCUGAGCGACUGUGAGAGGAAAGGGCGGUCAAAUUCCUAUCUUUCCUCAUACCCCGCCCCUCCCCGCUCCCAGUCACCACGGUGGGCCCGCGGGCUGGUGCGGCCCCUUUAAGACCUUCGGGUCGGGCAUUCGAGGUCAUCGGGUUCCCUCUGGCCCGCAGACCGCCUUCCUAUCCCGCUCGGUCUACGGUCCUCGGUCAUGCGGGCGCUGCGGGUCGGCCUAACUCUGGCGCUGGGCGCCGGGCUCGGCGCGGCCGCCGAAAGUUGGCGGCGGCGGCGGGCCUGCGCGCAAGUGGCGCCGGGACUUCUGGGCAGGCUGCCCGUGCUGCCCGUGGCGGCGGCCGAGCUGCCUGCGGUGCCCGGGGGACCGGCGGGUGGCGGCCCCGGUGAGCUGGCCAAGUACGGGCUGCCUGGGCUGGCGCAGCUCAAGAGCCGCGAGUCGUACGUGCUAUGCUACGACCCGCGCACCCGCGGCGCGCUCUGGGUGAUGGAGCAGCUGCGGCCCGAGCGGCUCCUCGGCAGUGGCGAUCGCCGCUCCUGCGAUUUUCGCGAGGACGACUCGGUGCACGCGUACCACCGCGCCACCAACGCCGACUACCGAGGCAGCGGCUUCGACCGCGGCCACCUCGCCGCCUCUGCGAACCACCGCUGGAGCCAGAAAGCCAUGGACGACACCUUCUACUUGAGCAACAUCUCGCCCCAGGUGCCCCACCUCAACCAGAAUGCCUGGAACAACCUGGAGAAGUACAGCCGCAGCUUGACCCACACCUACCAAAAUGUCUAUGUCUGCACAGGGCCGCUCUUCCUGCCCAGGACAGAGGCUGAUGGGAAGUCCUACGUGAAGUACCAGGUCAUCGGCAAGAAUCACGUGGCAGUGCCUACACACUUCUUCAAGGUGCUGAUCCUGGAGGCAGUGGGUGGGCAGAUUGAGCUCCGCUCCUAUGUGAUGCCCAAUGCACCUGUGGACGAGGCAAUCCCACUGGAGCGCUUCCUGGUGCCUGUCGAGAGCGUUGAGCGGGCCUCGGGGCUGCUCUUUGUGCCAAACAUUCUGGCACGGGCAGGCAGCCUCAAGGCCAUCACUGCUGGCAGCAAGUGAUGGCAGCAGCCUGGUGAGACCGUGGGUAUCCAGAUGUUGGGUGGCAUUAAACGUGGUUAUUUUUGGA